AUGCGUCCAGGAACACAUGGUAAGUUGCUCGAACGUUUGAUCGGAUUCCGAUUCUCACAGCUGACCAUCGGAGCACAUGUCGACGAAAAAACUUGUCCAGAAGACUGCGAAGACAUUUCUUUCUCUUCCAUCGUUUUUGGUGGAAAACUCGUGAGUCUUAGAAGUUGCCAAAGUAAUUACAUUUUGGAGAAACAAGAGAGCUUGAAAAUAACUCCCACAGUUUUUUCCCCCAUUCUACUUUCACAUUGAGGUUCAUUCGGAAAUACUAUCUCUGCUGCCGAGCGACUGGGAAGAGACCAAGGAGAAGCGACUUGCCAAGUACCAGGUGAUUCCCUGAAAAAUAUUGGGGAUCUUAGUUUCCUUAGAAAGCCCUCGAAGUGAUUCCGAACGACAGGAUUCCCGUCGUGAGAAACGUGCAACAACUGGCCUUGGAACUGCAGGAAUUCGUCUCCGAAGCCACUCAAGUCAGAAUUAUCAAAGUCAAUCUUUACUCUAAAAAUUCAGAUUUUCGACCAGAAGGGAGAUGCUCCUUCGUCGACAGUUGCCUGCAUGGCGCCUAAUGGACGAUCAUUCGAAGCCUUUCUCAAUCAAAUAAAUGCUCAGGAGUCUUUUUGGGAACGAAUUACGGCGUAAUUACACUUAUUUAUUAUCUUUAAUUGCUUGGUCCAAUUUUUUUUUUUCGUACGUCAACGCAUUCUCUUCAUUUGUUUGUGUACGAACAGAGUGAGGAAAAAAAAGAAGUCGAGCCAAAUUUUUUUUAAUAACUGACGAAUGAGAUGAGGCACAAAGCAAAAACUCGGUUCUCAGCUCGUCAAGGCGCAACUGAAUGGACGGAGAAGAAAGAAACGAAGGAUCGUAAGAUCCUGUUUUCAACUUGAUCGACUACACACUCUAGUUCGCCAGAGGCGGUUGUUCGAUAUGGCUUCGAAAGUUCUUGCUCACCGCCUAGUCGGUUACAUUUAUGAAUAAGCAAAAUAUUCACUGAAAAAUCGGAGCUUAUAAUCGCACGCAUAUCAAAGAAAAAACUUCAGUUGGAACUUUUGCAGAUUUAACUUCUUUUUUUUUGCUUACUUACCAAACGUUUUCUAAAGGAAAACUCUGCAGAUACGUGCAGAGGUCGCUGGCUAGAGAACUCAACAGCACGACUCUGUGCAUCGGAAUCCGACUCGACGACGACGGUUCCAUUGACGAGAACUUCCCUUCUCAAGUCAACACCUCCUUGGUAGGCCAACACCUUCUCUCAAGCUUUCUAACCUGUCAGUUAACUCUCGUCUUCAUAUUCAGGAUAUUUUCAACGUUAACCACAUUCGGUUUAGAAGAACGAGAGAUGAAAAAAAAAAAAUUAAGUGAAAGAUUGUAAAAAUUUUUGAAAACGCGCAAAUUUUCCGCAUUGAGCCAUAUUCAACUAAUUCUUUACAUAUACGUAUGUCUAUAAAAAUUGUUGGACUAAACUCAGAAACUUGGUCUUCAAUCUUCUCAAAAAUUUCAUAUAGAAAGGUAGAAAUACUAGUGAAUCAGCUACACACUAAGAAUAACUGCCGAGAUAAAUGCGAGACACUGGCGGUACAUUGACGAGCUCGCAAACAUCUCGCAUUUUUUCUCGCGCCGGUCUCGCAUUUUUCUGGGCGCCAGCUCGCACUUUUCUGGGCGCGAGCUCGCUUUUCUCUCGCAAUUUGAAAAUUUCCGAAAUGCAAGAUAAAUGCGAGAUGGCGCCGAGAAAAAUGCGAGGUCGCGCCGAGAGAAAUGCGGGAUCGCGCCUAGAAAAAAGCGACAUUUUUGCGAGUUAGUCAAUGUACCGCCACCGAGCUCGCGUUUAUCUCGUCAGUUAUUCUUAGUGCAGUCAACACGUAUACUUUCCGUCAUACCACAUAUUGCACAUGAUCUCGAUUUCGUAUUCCAAAAACUAAGAGCAAUCCCUAUUUUAUUGCUGCUUUUUGUAGGCUUCAUUAGCCUUGCUGCAUCUGAGUGAGAUCGAAAACGCCCUACAAACUCCUAGCUUCAACUACGGGCUCAAGAUGAUGCGGGAGAACACCAGGAAAAUCGUCCUGACGAUGGGUGGGCUAGGCUCAAGACGAAGAACCGUCGAUUGCAGCGCUGCCGUUGAUUCGCGACAUGCGCGACUGCGUCAAGAAGAUGUACGACAACGAAGAAAGAGUCGGAGAAAUCGCUCAGGAUUGUCGUCUCGUGGGUCUUGUUCUUUCAGAAUUUUAUACAAUCAAACUUUUCGAUUUUUCGCGAGCGCUACUCGCCUUUCCUUGACGCAUCGCUUUUCUACACAACCUUAAACUUUCAAAAUUUCAUUUUUUCUAAUUACUUCGUAAGUUUUUUUUUUUUGAGCCGGUAAACAACUUGACGCAGGAUGAAAUUCGAAAAAUAACAACACGUAUCAGCCAACUCAGAAACCGGGUGAAGAUGGUCAAUUGGCACAACCACAACAUCAACUUGAAGGAGUUCGAGAGCCUCUACAGGUGCAGCUCCUGAAAUUCAAUAGAAACCAUUUAUAAUGCAGAGAAGGUGCCAAAGACCAUAGCGAAAUCGAAGAAACUCUGAAGCUACGAAAACUGAUAGUUGCUGACAUUGCAGAAGCAGUUUAAAAGUGGUUUAGAUUCUCUCAGCAGUUCGAUCCUAAGGUAGAACCACUGAAGAAGUCGCUGGCGGCAGCUUUAGAAGCUCGCGGGCGAUUUCUGUCCAAGGCCGGAAUGGAAAACAACGUUUCGCGCAUUGAACCGAUUCGCCAGAGCGUCCAGUGCCUCAAGGAAAUGAUUCGGAAAAUUCCUUCUCUCAAAGUUCUGUGACCUUUUUUUUGAAAACCUAAACAGGAUUUAUAGAAAAGCCGUUUUAUACGUGGCGAAUGGCUUUCGAGACUGAGAAGCCAAGUACUUCUCGCCCAGUCCUACUCAGCGACACCUCAAUACGACGAGUAAGUUUUGGAUGAGAGCUCAUUUCAACUAUUUUUAGGGUUAACCUUCUCCAUAUCAAGUUCUAUUUCGCUCAUUUCAAGCAGGAGACGAUUGCACAAGAACGCUCAUACAACAUGUUCUUGUUACUAGGUUCUACUAGCUCUUUAAGAUGAAGGAACAAAAAUGUUUCAGCCGAGAUCGGAGGAACAAUUGGACUUUAUGUUGGCGCUACUUUACUCACCGUUGCGGAGACGGUCGUUUUCUUUUUUGAGAGAAAAACGAGAAACUAUUUGUUGAAAAAGAAUUAUGUUUGA